AUGAGCCGCGGGUUCUUGUUCUUCUCUCCCUUCCACGUUGCUUCCGGUGGCGCGUGGAAUGGAGUCGAGUCCAAGAAGGCGGCGCAGCAGCAACUCUGCGUCGUCGUCGUCCGAUGGUUUGGAGGAAGCAAGGGCCUGUGCGCGCACCCUGGGAUGGUUCAGGGCCUUGUCGAUGAAGCUCCAAUGGGCGGCUUUGGGGUAAUAUGCAAGCUGAUGAGUUUCAAUGAAGCUGGAGCCGAAGCCCCAAAAACCCCUUCAGAUGACCCCCUUGGCCCAGCUGUCGGUUUCAGAGGUGCUAGUGGGGGUUUAGUGGCCUGUAGCGUCUCGCCGGAGCUUGGUGGCCCUGGCGGAAGGCAGACUGGCGGGCUUUUACUGGUCCACGGCGCGCAGCACCCCACCAAUUGCCUUGGCGACGGGGGAGCGCAAACAGUGACGUCGAUAAGAUACCACAUCGAACGGAUCAAAGCAAUGCUGCGUGUUUUGUAA